AUGGCCCACCUCCAGCUCGCGGCGGUCGCCGGGGGCGGCCGCGCGGGCGACGACAUGGAGGACGUGGCGCUGCUGGGAUCCUACGACGAGGAGAUGGGCGGAGCGGCGCCGGCGGGAGGCGGCGCGGAGGAGGACGAGGAGGAGGCGGAGGCGCACGUGCGGGUGACGGGCAUGACGUGCUCCGCCUGCACCGGCGCCGUCGAGGCCGCCGUCUCCGCCCGCCGCGGCGUGCGGCGCGUCGCCGUCUCGCUGCUCCAGAACCGCGCCCGCGUCGUCUUCGACCCCGCGCUCGUCAAGGUCGAGGAUAUAAUAGAAGCUAUAGAAGAUGCUGGAUUUGACGCUGAAAUUCUCCCAGAUUCUGCAGUCCCUCAACCUAAGUCACAGAAGACAUUGUCAGCACAAUUUAGGAUAGGAGGAAUGACAUGUGCUAAUUGUGUAAACUCAGUUGAGGGUAUCUUAAGGAAACAACCGGGUAUAAAAGGAGCAGUCGUUGCCCUGGCAACGUCAUUAGGAGAAGUUGAGUAUGAUCCGUCUACCAUUAGCAAGGAUGAAAUUGUUCAGGCUAUCGAGGAUGUACUACAUGACAUCCUUAAGAAAAUGGAUGGUUUGCGACAGUUUGCUGUAAAUACUACCCUCUCAGAAGUUGAGAUUGUAUUUGAUCCAGAAGCUGUUGGUCUGCGAUCAAUUGUGGAUGCUAUUGAAAUGGGAAGCAAUGGGAGAUUCAAAUCACACGUGCAGAAUCCUUACAGUAGAGGGGCUUCGAAUGACGCACAUGAGGCCUCCAAAAUGCUCCAUCUUCUCCGCUCUAGCUUAUUCCUAAGUAUUCCUGUAUUUUUCAUACGUAUGAUCUGCCCGAGUAUACCUUUCAUCAGUACAUUGCUUCUCAGGCACUGUGGACCAUUUCAUAUGGGGGAUUUGGUGAACUGGAUAUUGGUUAGCAUUGUACAGUUCGUUAUUGGCAAGAGAUUCUAUGUUGCUGCUUACAGAGCCUUAAGACAUGGUUCUACAAAUAUGGAUGUGUUAGUUGUUCUUGGCACCACUGCAUCAUAUGUAUAUUCCGUUUGUGCACUACUAUACGGAGCAUUCACUGGAUUUCAACCUCCCAUAUAUUUUGAGACCAGUGCAAUGAUAAUUACGUUUGUGCUAUUUGGGAAGUAUCUCGAGGUUCUUGCAAAGGGGAAAACAUCAGAUGCUAUUAAAAAGCUUGUAGAACUUGUCCCUGCUACUGCUAUUUUGCUUCUGAAAGAUAAAGAAGGAAAAUAUGUUGGGGAGAGGGAGAUUGAUGCUCUGUUAGUCCAACCUGGUGAUGUCUUGAAAGUUCUUCCUGGUUCGAAAGUUCCUUCUGAUGGUGUUGUUGUUUGGGGAACAAGCCAUAUCAAUGAAAGUAUGAUAACUGGUGAAUCUGCACCGAUGCCUAAAGAAGUAUCAAGUGUAGUAAUUGGAGGGACAAUCAACUUACAGGGCAUCCUUCAUAUACAAGCAACGAAAGUAGGAUCCGGAACAGUUUUGAGUCAGAUAAUAUCUCUGGUUGAAACUGCUCAAAUGUCCAAAGCCCCUAUUCAGAAAUUCGCCGAUUAUGUGGCUAGCAUUUUUGUUCCAAUUGUCAUCAGCUUGUCCAUUCUAACAUUCUCCGUGUGGUUCUUAUGUGGAUCGUUGGGAGCAUAUCCACAUUCAUGGUUUGACGGAACUAGCAAUUGCUUCGUUUUCUCCCUCAUGUUCUCCAUAUCUGUUGUGGUGAUUGCUUGUCCUUGUGCCCUUGGUUUGGCAACCCCAACUGCUGUAAUGGUGGCAACUGGAAUCGGGGCUAAUCAUGGAGUACUUGUAAAAGGUGGAGAUGCAUUGGAGAGGGCUCAAAAUGUAAAUUACGUGAUCUUUGAUAAAACAGGGACACUAACACAAGGAAAGGCUGUUGUUACAACUGCAAAGGUUUUCUCUGGAAUGGACCUAGGAGAUUUCCUCACACUAGUAGCAUCUGCAGAGGCAAGCAGUGAGCAUCCUCUUGCAAAGGCUGUAUUGGAAUAUGCAUUUCAUUUCCAUUUCUUUGGCAAGCUCCCUUCGUCAAAGGAUGGCAUUGAGCAAAGAAAAGAGCAGAUACUGUCCCAAUGGUUGCUUGAAGCUGAAGAUUUCUCUGCUGUGCCUGGCAAAGGAGUUCAGUGUUUGAUCAACGAGAAGAAAGUUUUGAUUGGAAACCGUGCCUUAUUGAACGAAAAUGGGGUGAGCGUUCCCCCGGAAGCUGAAAGUUUCUUGGUAGACCUGGAACUGAAUGCAAAAACAGGCGUUCUGGUGGCAUAUGACAGCAGUUUCGUGGGGUUGAUGGGGAUUGCCGAUCCCCUGAAAAGAGAGGCCGCUGUAGUCGUGGAAGGACUGAAGAAGAUGGGCAUUCAUCCAGUGAUGCUCACAGGUGACAACUGGAGGACUGCACAAGCUGUCGCGAAAGAGGUUGGCAUUGAGGAUGUGAGAGCAGAGGUCAUGCCUGCCGGGAAAGCCGACGUGGUCCGGUCGCUCCAGAAGGACGGGAGCAUAGUGGCCAUGGUCGGGGACGGCAUCAACGACUCCCCGGCCCUCGCGGCGGCGGACGUCGGGAUGGCCAUCGGGGGCGGCACGGACAUCGCCAUCGAGGCGGCCGACUACGUGCUGGUGAGGAACAACCUGGAGGACGUGAUCACGGCCAUCGACCUCUCGAGGAAGACCUUCAACCGGAUCCGCUGGAACUACUUCUUCGCCAUGGCGUACAACGUGGUGGCCAUACCGGUGGCGGCCGGCGCGCUGUUCCCGCUGACGGGGCUCCAGAUGCCGCCGUGGCUGGCGGGCGCCUGCAUGGCCUUCUCGUCUGUCAGCGUGGUGUGCUCCUCGCUGCUGCUGCGGAGAUACAGAAAACCCAGACUCACCACCGUGCUCCAGAUAACUGUAGAGUAG